CUUAACAUUCUUUUUACAAUUAAAUUAGGGAAAUGAACUUGCCUCUUCCAUAAUCCUACUGCAACACGCAACUCUUUAUAUACUUCGUAUUUGGCUAGCUCCAUCACUCUAAAAAUUAAAUUUGUGAGAUCCUAUCGUACAAGACUUACUCGACUUGUAAUCAAAUAUGGAAAUGUUUUCAUCACAAUUUGGCUCUGGCCUUGCCGGUCUAAUGUUCAUUUGGACAAUAUACCGGCAUUACCUCCCUCCCAAAUUACAUGAAGCUAUUGAGUAUUUCACUUCUCGUUAUACUCACAAAUUGGCUAGUUAUUUCUCCCCUUACCUCGAUAUCACCUUCGAUGAGUACUCGAAUCGAUUCAAUCGAAACGAGGCCUACGACGCGAUCCAAAGCUACCUCGGCGACAAAUCUUCAACGGAAGCUAAAAGUAUGAACGCUGAUUAUGAUGAAGGUGCCAAGAGUUUGUUGAUAAAAUUGGGAAAUAAUGAGGAGAUCAUGGAUGAGUAUAAAGGUGUUCAAGUUUGGUGGUCUUUUGUCAAACAACAUGUUGAACAAGCAGCUAUCUCUUACUUCAGAAACUCCAAUGAAAAAAGACACUACACAUUGGUGUUUCAUGCCAAGCACAGAAAGUUUAUAAUGGACAAGUAUCUACCAUAUGUUCUAGAGGAAGGCGAGGCCAUAACAAAUCGAAACAGGAGGCGAAAGCUGUAUACAAAUGAUGAUGAUGACAUGUGGCUUAACUACAUUGAUUUCAAACACCCUGCAAAAUUCGGGAUGUUGGCAAUGGAGGAGGAUAAGAAACAGAUGAUCCUCGAGGACUUACAAUGGUUCAAGGGCGCGAAAGACUACUACGCGCAAAUUGGAAAGCCAUGGAAGCGGGGUUACCUUCUAUAUGGUCCCCCUGGAACAGGAAAAUCAACACUAGUAGCAGCCAUGGCUAAUCUCCUAGACUACGACAUCUACGAUCUUGAAUUGACAUCAGUUAAAAAUAACAAGCAACUGAGAAGCCUAUUAAUCGAAACAACUUGUAAGUCCAUCAUUCUGAUUGAAGAUAUAGAUUGUUCAUUGGACUUGACAGGACAAAGAACAGAGAAAAAAGAAGGAGGUGAAGAAAAGGCUGGCGAAAAAGACCCUUUGAAGGAUAAACCUGCAGGAGAAAAAGAAGUGAAAGACAAAAAGAAGAAAGGAAGUGAGGUAACUUUGUCUGGUUUACUAAACUUUAUUGAUGGAAUUUGGUCAGCUUGUGGAGAAGAGAGGAUUAUUGUGUUUACGACUAAUCAUGUGGACAAACUCGAUCCUGCUCUAAUUCGGCCUGGUAGAAUGGACUUGCACAUUGAGAUGUCUUACUGUCGAUAUGAAGCAUUCAAGAUGUUGGCUAAGAACUAUCUACGGCUUGAAUCACAUCCUUUGUUCGAAACCAUUGGGGCGUUGCUAGAGGAAAUAGAUGUUACACCAGCUGAUGUAGCCGAAAAUAUUAUGCCUAGAUCAAUCAAAACUACUACUGCCGAGGAUUGUUUGAAGAAAUUAGUUGUGUACCUUGAGAAGGCAAAGCAAGCAAAGAAGUUGAAAUCUGAGCAAGAACUUGUGUUGGAAGGUGAAGAGAAGUUAGCAUUGGGGGAAAUAUCUGGUGAAAAGAAAAACAUGUGAGAGAUUAACAUAAAUUUAUUAUGAGUUAAUCAAUUGUAUUAAUUUAAGUAGUGAACAAAAAUCAUGUAAUCGUCAAGUUGAUUUGAUAAUCAAUUACUACAGAAAAUAAACGCGGGUGAAAUCAAAUCAAAUGUAACAAGUAUUCAGGGCCGUUUUUGACUUUUGUGAGGCUAUGGGCAAAAUAACAAUUAGGGGCCUUGUGAAUUUAAUCAUGCAAUAUGCACUAAAAAGUGAUUGCAAAUGAAGAGUACUUUUUAUUAGGCUAUUUA